AGAAGGAAACCAAAAUUAAAGCAGCACACCCAAAAUCCACCUUGGAGCCUAUUAAAGCAGAAGACAAGGAGACCUCUGUGUUAGAAGAGAUUCAAAAGGACACUCAUGCCAAGGACAAUGAAGUUGAUGCAGCAAAGUUGAAGAAGAUGAAAAGAGAAGAGGAAAUGGCAAAAGCUAAACUAGCCAUGGAAAGAAAGAAGAAGUUUCAAGAGAAAGCCGAAGCCAAACGAGCUAUUAGGAUUCAGAAGGAAAUUGAAAAGAAGCUUAAGGAAAAGCGUGAAAAGAAAGCAAAGAAAAAGGUCUCAGGUUCCGCACUUAAUAGUGAUCCUGAAGAACUGGUAGAAGCAGAGUCAGAGGUUGCUGAACUAGAAAAGGUAGAUGAAAAUGUUGAAGCUCCAGUAGUCCUGAAACGUAAGAAGCCCACUAACUACUGGAUAUGGGUUGCUCCUGCUGCUGUGUUUGCCUUGCUGGUGCUGGUGCUUGGGUACUACUAUCUUUUCUAAAACGUGACUUGGAACUGAGUAGAAAGAGCCAUGAACCAGUUUCUAUGCUUGUGUGUGUGAGUUGCUAGGUUCAUAGUCCUAAAGAAUUAAGUUAUUCCCGUUCGUUACAUCCCUGAAAGGGGAUGGACACUAAAAUCAUAAUGUUGCUGGUAGCUUAGUCAGAAAGAGAGAAGCUACAUACAUUUAGUUUGACUGUAUGAACUUUCAAAUUUAAUUUGACUCUUAAGAUCAAAUUUCAUAAAUGUUUUCUGAAUCCAUGAACUUGCUUUCAUUGAAGCUCUAUUUUGUUUGGGUCUGACCUUCUUACCAAGUGAGAAUUGAUGCUUUGGUAUUGUGAUAGA